AUGUCAUCAAGUGGCCAGGAACUCACAGACGUGUUACAGCAAAGAGGGCAAAGGGUCCACUUAGAUACACAUGGAUCCACCCCAGGUCCCUCGACCACGCCACCACAACCGCCUUCACCUUCCCGUCUUCCCCUAGCCACUCCUCACUAUCCAGGUACCCUUAGCUCAAACCCCACGUACCCUAGUUACGCCUCAGCCCCCUCCUACCCGUCCCUCCUCAACCCCAGGCCUAUCCUCAGCCACUCCCAGGUACCCCCAGUUAAGCCUCAGCCACCCCCAGUACCUCCCAGUACCCCUAGUCCUCCUCACCCAGGUACCCCUAGUCCCUCCUCAGCCACCCCAGGUACCCUAGUCCCUCUCAGCCACCCCCAGGUACCCCUAGUCCCCCUCAGCCACCCCCAGGUACCCCCUCCUCAGCCACCCCCAGGCCUCACCCCAGUACCCCUAGUCCCUCCUCAGCCACCCCAGUCCCCUCAGCCACCCCAGUACCCCAGUCCCUCCUCAGCAUCCCAGGUACCCCUAGCCCUCCUCAGCACCCCCAGUACCCCAGUUACACCUCAGCACCCAGAUACCCCAUCACUCCUCAGCCACCCCCAGUUACGCCUCAGCCACCCCAGGUACCCCCAGUCACUUCUCAGCCACCCCACAGCCAUCCCUAACUACCCCCCAGAUGCCCCCGCCACCUCCCUCCUGCCUCAGCCUCCGCGCACUCCUCCCGGGAAGAAUUCACUCCACGUUCUCUCACUCCGCUUCGGUCUGACUGCAGAGUCGCCGCCGCCGCACUCCUAUUUCUCAGCCACCGUGGAGACCCGACAAGCUCUCAUAUUUAGGCGUGAAUAUUCACCUUAA